AUUUAGAAGCCCGAGCCAAGAUGGCGGCUGCAGGAGGAGAGCCUUCUUCCCAGGGCGGUUCGGAUGAUUUAUUUCAACACUUCUACACGGAGGUAAAGCAGAUUGAGAAGAGGGACUCUGUGUUGACCUCAAAGCAGCAAAUUGACCGACUGCUCCGACCGGGAUCAUCUUACUUCAAUCUGAACCCUUUUGAGGUGUUGCAGAUUGAUCCCGAGGUCACAGAGGACGAAAUGAAGAAGAGGUUUCGACAGCUGUCCAUCUUAGUCCAUCCAGAUAAAAACCAAGAUGAUCCAGAGAGAGCACAGCAAGCCUUCGAAGCCGUGGACAAAGCCUACAAGCUUCUUCUGGAUGGUGAGCAGAAGAAGAGAGCGGUGGAUGUGAUCCACGCAGGAAAAGAGUAUGUUGAACACAAUAUGAAGGAGAAGAAGAAACAGCUAAAGAAAGAUGGCAAACCCCAGUUUGUUGAGGAAGACGACCCGGAAAUGUUCAGGCAAGCGGUGUACAAGCAAACCAUGAAGCUGUUUGCAGAACUAGAGAUUAAGAGGAAGGAGAGGGAAGCCAAGGAUAUGCAUGAAAGGAAAAGGGCGAGAGAGGAAGAGAUCGAAACACACGAGAAAGCCAAACGGGAUAGGGAGUGGCAGAAAAACUUUGAGGAAACGAGGGACGGUCGAGUGGAUAGUUGGAGAACCUUCCAGGCCAAGGGCAAGAAAAAGGAGAAGAAGAAUAGAUCGUUCCUUAAGCCGCCCAAGGUUAAGAUGGAACAGAGAGAGUGAUUGGUCUGAUGUGGUGCGGGAGGGAUGGCCCCUCCCCCUUUGAUGGCCCCUCCCCGUUCGAUGGCUCCUCCCCCUUCCUCAUCAGACACCCCACCUGUAAAGUGUAGGUCUGCGUCCCCCAUUCUUUUUAAUGUACAUAUUUGUGAUCUUCAACCUCCGAGAGCAUCCGAAUGAGCUCAAUAAAGAAUGAAAGGAAAUCUUCCAUCUCUGUAUCAACCUUAAGUUUGUCAUGAAUCUUGUGCUGUAAUCUUUUAUUUUUUUUAUUGUACCAUUAAAUAAACGCUUGUUUGUAACAAGCCGAUUUUCA